UUUGGCAGAGCGCUAUUCAUCGUAAAUUUAUAUGAAAGAAAAACUUGGUAUACAAUGUAGAUAAGCUUGGAUGCUUCUGUCAGAAAGUCCAAUUGCAAGAGAACUUCAGCUGCUCAAAAACCGGAAUGGGGUCAUCUACCAGUAAAAAAUCAGAAAUAACGACAGAAUCUGUUGAAGAUGACCAGAAAGAGGAAAAACUGCGCAAAAGUAAAGACAUGGAGGCUAUAGACCUAGCUGAAGACUUUGAUUACCAGCGUGGAGUUCAGAGAAAACCACCCGACCGUAAGCCAUCGCUGAUACCACAGACUGACAAUCAGACGAAGAUAAAGGUCCGAGCCUCAGACGAUGAAAUGAAGGAGCCCACAAAUCCAAGUAAAACGGACAAUAAGUGUGCAGAGAUAAAGGAAAAGAAUAAUUCUAGACAGAGAAAAUAUACCAAUUCAGCGAGAGAACAACAGGAAGAACAGAAAAGUGUCCAAUCCCAAAGCAAGAAUGAUCAUUUUGAUUUCUGGGGGAGCGAUGUGUUCUAAUAUUUAGCACAAUGCCGUGACGUCACAAUGGUCUCUCCAGGGACGUCACUGUCAGAUACUUUCGAUAUGUAUGGAUGGGAAACGUCAUUGGAAAGAGUGAUUCUACAAGGAGGAAAAACAAUGUCCGUAUAGUGAUGGAGUCCCCAAUCAGUUCCGAAACAACAAAAAAGGUCAAGUUUGUCGGAGUGCAAAACAAAACUGCUACCUUCACGCGCACACCAAAAAUGGUGGACAUAGGUAAAAUUUUUCAAGAUGAUACACCAAAGAAAAGACCAGAGAGUUUCCGUGUGCCAGGAUACAGUAGUGCUAUGUCGAUAAAUCCCCCGGUGUCCGUGAGAUCCGGUGUCACAGUACCUGUGCUGACGUCAGCCUCUCUCGGUCCCGCGCACCUCUCCACCACCCCGGUGUCCCUCACAGACAGUAAUACACGAAGGAAGCUUUAACUGAGGGGCGGAUCCAUCAAAGGACAAAUAACAUGGACAACAGUUAUAAUGGUUAUUCUGUUCCAUUUUUCCGGGGCAAUGAAAUGAGUGCCUUAUAUAAUUUUUCAUUUAAUUUUAUGUUAAAAAUCAUUCCAAAUGCUUCAAAGAAAGCAAAUCGUCAUUUUACUCUGAAGCUGGUCUGCAGUCAAACGAAUUUUAUGAAAUGAUUCAAAUAAAUUUGUUCUUACUUUUUGUGAUUAUGCAUUUUUUUUUCAUUUUAUUUUUGAAAAUGUAUAUGUAUAUUAUCUGUUUUUAAAUUAUUAUGUGUCCUCUAUGGAAAGAAAUUGCUAUUUUGCUAUCCCAUUACUUUUUACAAUUUGUAUUAGGUGUAUUAUUUCUCUGUCGUCUCAUAUAACAUUUUGCUUUUACGUCCUUACUUAUUUAAAAG